UUAUCCUCAAAUCAUCAAAAAUCAUCAAUUUUUUUGGAAAACAGUUUAAGAAACAUAAAUUUACACAAUUUUCAAGAAAAUUCAAUUUGAGUUUGAUCAAGCAAGUUUGAUUAAUUCUAUAAGAAAAAAAUACUGCAAUAAUUGAUGCUACGAUCCAUAUCUUCAAAUCAUCAAAAAUCAUCAAUUUUGGCAAAAAAGAAGUAAAAAUUCCUUUUUUUUACUUGAUUUCAAAAAAUUAAAAUUCACUACUCAAAAAAAUGCAGUAAAUUGAAAAAACGGAAAUUGAAGAAUGACGGCAAUGAUCUUGAUGACGUCAUUUUUCGUGAUAGUAUUGACAAGCGAUUGGUGGAUUUUGGGACAAGCGAAAAUAGUGGAAAAUUUUGAAAAGUGCAAUGUGACAAACGACGGAAGGGAAUUUGUUUGUAGGGGGAUGGGUUUUCAAUCGAUUGAUGAUAUACUCAAAAACAAUGAAUUAAAAUCGAUGGAAUUCAACAUCACGAAAAUUGACUUAAUGAACAACAAUAUAACGCACAUUCCAAUAAAUGCUUUUCAACAUUUUUCCAGUUUGGAAAUUUUGUUACUUCGACGCAACCAUCUCAGAUACAUUGAUGUCAAUGCAUUUACAAAUCUAACAAAUCUCAAAAUCCUAGAACUUGAUGACAACGAGUUACUAGAGAUUCCAAAGGCAAUUGCAUUACUGCCAUUUUUAGAAGACUUAUCGUUAUCAAAUAAUAGGAUACAGAGGCUGGAAGCGAAUGAUUUACAAAAUACUUUGUACCUGGUGUCUCUGGAUUUUCGUGGAAAUCCCAUAAGAGAAAUUCAUGAGCACACUUUCCAGAAUCUUGCAAGACUUCGAAAAUUAAUUUUCUCCAAUGUAAAGGAACUUAUUGAAUUCCCCGUUUUAAAUGAAACAGCAGCCUUGGAAGUGUUGCGACUCGAUCGUGCUCACAUUCAAUCUGUUCCGGAAAAUCUUUGCCAACAAUGUCCAAAACUUAAGAGUUUAGACUUGAAAUCAAAUCGUUUAACGGAAGUGCCCAACUUAAAAAACUGCCAUGACCUUCGGGUUUUAGAUUUAACGAGCAAUAUGAUUUCAUCUUUAUAUGAAAAACCUUUCGAAGGUCUCAGCGCUGUUCACGAUUUGCUCUUAUCAAAUAAUAAUAUAAAAAUUAUUCCACACGAUGCAUUCUCAGGCUUGACACGUUUACAAGUUUUAGACUUGGAAAGUAAUUAUAUCGAAUACAUUCAUCCCGAUGCAUUUAAGGAAAUUAAACACUUAGAAGAUUUAAACUUGGGAAAUAAUAUAUUUCCAACACUGCCAAUAGCAGGUCUCGCGGGUUUAUUGCAUUUGAAAACAUUUAAUAAUCCAGCGCUAAGGGAAUUUCCAUCACCGGAAAAAUUUCCAAAAGUCAAGACAAUGGUACUUUCUUAUGCCUAUCAUUGUUGUUCAUUUUUAUCAAUUGAAUUAGAAGAAAGUAUCACUAAAAUUCCUGUCGAAGAAUCAGUUCUAUUUCCCACUGACAAUGAAUUUGAUAUGAGUCUUUGGAAUUCAAGUUUAACCGACGUUUGGCCUCAAUUACAUAACUUGAGCAGCAAAUUUGGAUCACAAAUAAAUGAACUUCUGGAUAACUUUGGUUCAGAUUUUACCUAUCCGGGAAAUUUGCCCUCAUACGUUGAUGACUACUUUGAGGAACACGAUGGACGAACACUAAGUCAAAAUACCCAUCCCCAGCAAAUUCAAUGUUUACCACAACCUGGUCCAUUUCUCCCCUGUGAAGACUUAUUCGAUUGGUGGACACUGCGAUGUGGCGUUUGGGUUGUUUUUCUCUUUGCUCUACUUGGAAAUGGAACCGUGGUGUUUGUGUUGAUUUUUUCUAGGAGCAAAAUGGAUGUUCCUAGAUUUCUCGUUUGUAAUUUGGCAGCCGCUGAUUUUUUUAUGGGAAUUUACCUUGGUUUAUUGGCUGUAGUCGAUGCCUCGACACUUGGUGAAUUUCGAAGAUACGCAAUUCCGUGGCAAAUGUCCGCUGGUUGUCAAUUGGCGGGAUUUUUAGGAGUUCUAAGUUCUGAAUUAAGUGUCUAUACACUUGCAGUGAUAACUUUAGAGCGAAACUAUGCAAUUACACAUGCAAUGCAUUUGAAUAAACGUCUUUCAUUGAAACACGCGGGCUAUAUAAUGACCGUUGGUUGGGGAUUUGCAUUAUCAAUGGCGACACUACCGCUUCUUGGUGUUUCGGAUUAUCGAAAAUUUGCCAUAUGUCUUCCAUUUGAAACAACUGGCACUGCAUCACUCAGCUAUGUUGUAUUUUUAAUGAUGAUCAACGGUGUUGCUUUUCUUAUUCUCAUGGGUUGUUAUUUAAAAAUGUACUGUGCAAUUCGUGGUUCACAGGCAUGGAAUUCCAAUGAUUCGCGAAUAGCAAAACGAAUGGCUUUGUUGGUAUUCACGGAUUUUCUCUGUUGGUCGCCAAUUGCAUUUUUUUCACUAACAGCAGCAUUUGGACUUCAACUUGUUUCAUUGGGUCAGGCAAAGGUGUUUGCCGUCUUUGUAUUACCAUUGAAUUCCUGUUGUAAUCCAUUUUUAUAUGCCAUACUCACGAAACAAUUUAAAAAAGAUUGUGUCCUCAUUUGUAAGGCUAUUGAGGAAUCAAGAGUAACACGUGGAAUUGGAAGAUGUAGACAUAGUUCAAAUUUUAGUAAUCGUCAAACACCGGCUCAUAUGAAUAAUAGUCUUGUCGAUAGACAUUCAAGGGAAAAUCAACAGCAUCAACAAUGCGUUUGUGGUUCGAGAAUAUUGAAUCGUAAUCAAUGCAAUGAAAGAUGGUGGGGUGCUAAAUUUUUUUUACCAUGUUCAAGAAAUCAACGACAACGUCACGUGAGAAGUGAUCAGUAUUCUUAUCAAAUUGCUGAAAUUCAACAGAAACAACAUAAACGAGCAUGUUCCGUUUCGUCAAGUGAGAAUUUCUCUUCAUCAAGAUCCGAUUCAUGGAGACAAGCACAUCAUUGUGGAAUUCCUUUGAGGUUACUUGAUCCUAACAGAAGAGCUUCGUCUUGGUUAAUAACGAGGAAACCAUCUCAGGAUUCAAAUUUGAGUUCAUCACGUAAUGAUUCAUCGGGAUCGGGAACAACGGCAAGUACAAGCACAUGGCGUAUGUCCAGGUCAAGUGCAUCACUCGAGUUAAAUUGUCGAACAACUCAACGUCCACCAAGACCAAAACCACGAUUGACAAGGCAAUUAGCUUUUCAGGAACCUGAUCCACCGGGUUCUCCUGGGAGACUUGCAGUACGACUUCUUGCCACUAUUCCCUCGGCGGCUGAAAUGAGCGAUCAGCAAGAAGAGGAAAAUGCUCUCACAAACGAGACACCUGAAUCUUGAGUUUCUCUUCAUUAUAGAGAUACGAUAUAACUUUGAAGACUGUUAUUAUAUAUCUAUAUUAUAUAAAAUCGAAACUUUUAAAAAAUAAAUUUUUUUUGAGGUUAGAAAACAAUAUUUAUUAAUUUUUUUUUUUUUAAAGUUAGAAAUAAGCUUACUAAUCCAAUUUGCAUUGUAAUUUAUUUAUAAAUAAAAAUUUAAUAUUUUGAGCUGAGAACAAUUUUAUUAUAAAAUAUAAAAAUUGAAUUAUAUAGAACUUUUGCGAUAAAAAAUAGUUUAAUUAAAAUUACAGAAAAAUUUAGUUUCGAGGUUAUGUCAAAGUCGAAUCUUUAGCGACAAAUACGAAUUCGACAUAUUGCCAAAAAAAAGUUAAUUCAUUUCAAUUCAUCUGAAUUAGUUUUCUUUACUGGGUAUAAAAACCUAUUUUUAAAGGUUUAAAAUUUUUAUAAAAAUUAAUCAUAAUUUCAAAUGUGAAAAUAUACAGAAAUAAUAUAAUAUUUAUAAAUAACUUAAUAUAUUGUAUAAUUUUUUUUAGUAAAUUUUGCUAUUAUAAGUUCCUAAUUACAAAAAUAGGAUAACAAACUUACCAAAGACAAAAAAAAAAAAAGCUAACCUAUGUUACUUUUUUCACUGCCGCUAAAAUACUCGCUUUUUAAUAUAUAAGGCUACGUCCACAAUAGUCUCCUUAUAUUAAGCCUUAUGCACAGUAGUUUGUGAACAAAUGAGAUGGAAAAGGAUAGAAAUAUAUCUUGUGUCGUUUUCUAUCUCAUACAUUAAAUUCGCAAACUGUGCUAACGGUUUUAAACACAUAAGGAGCCUAUUGUGGAAACAGCCUAAUAUAGUAAUUAUUAUUAUUCAUUAUAAUUAGAAAAAAAAAUCUAAUUUUUUGUUUCAAGUGACAAUUUUUUUUUUUUUUUUAAUAAAUAAAUAAUGAUAAGCAUUUAGAUUAAAAUAUAUGCUCGAUUAUAAGAUAUAUUGUAAUAUGUAAAUGUAUAUAAAAAAAUAUUAUAAAUUUUUUACUGAGAAUUGGUCCACCUCUCCAUGUCUUCAUAUUAUUUA